AUGUCAAGUCAAACUACUCUUCUUGUAACAAUUCCAGACCAGGCACCUGGCUUAUACCAAUGCGUUGCUGCUAGCUUCAAUGAUGUUGCACCUAUUAGUCGCAAAAUUGCUGAACACUGCGGUUCCUCGGACCUACGGGUGUAUGAGUUCUUUGGUAUGAGCGAAGUAAGCAGUCUGCAGACGUGCAGCAUGCAGGGAAAGUGGAAGAUUGUCACGUGCCGCAUUACUAUUGACGUCGCGGAGACCAAGGUGGCGCCAGUCACGGAUGAGUUAAUCUUCAUCGCUCGCAACAUCAUGAUGGGCUACCUGAAGGAUGAACAGCAGACGAAAAAAGAAACGAUUGACGAGGACGGUAGACUACACUCAGGAGACUGCGGGAAGAUUGACAAUGACGCAUUUAUAAUGAUUACGGGUCGUAUCGAAGAGCUCAUUGUUGGUACAGGUAGUAAAACUGCAGCCGGGUAG